CUGAAUAGGCUGUAUGGUCUUAGAUCUUUGCCUGUCCCGAAAGGCGACAAAAUGAAAAACAACAACAUAAUAUUGUUCACUUACUGUCAUCUGUAAAUUUUAAUAUUUGUGACUUGUAUAUAGUCAGUAAAAAAUCUAAAUAAAUAUAUUUCAGUCAAUGAAAAAGUUUAUCAUUUUGUUUAUUCUUUAUUCCGAUGUAAUUAAUAAUAAAUAAUAUUAAGAAUAAAUAAAAAUUAAAAAGUUUUGUUCCUAAUACUUAAAAAUAAUGGCUACACGAAAAAGAAGUGGUUCUGGUUCUAAAAGACAUUUAAAGGAAAAAGUAGUACAGAUAUAUGAAUCAUUUUUCAGAGGAGAUGAUUUAACAACAGACAAUCCAACUUUUUGGGAUGAAUUUUUUUUAUUAAAACCUAAAAUUCCUCAGCUAGAGACUGAAAUACAUAAAUUGACAGUAGAACAGCUGAUAAAUCUAAAAGAUAACAUUAACUUAUUGGUAAUACAAUGUAUAGAAAUGUUGGGACAGGAACAUCACAUACGGUUGGUGUAUGCACUACAGACUUUUAGUGCCAUUUUGACCACCAUGUACCAAAGAGCAGGACAAGAUCCCAGUAUCAACAUAAAAUCUAUUUUAUUAGGGACAGAUAAUGCAAAUACUAAAAUGCAGAAGCUUUUAGAACAUUGUAGCACAGUGUUAUCAGGUGAUGUGCCAGACAGUUUAAAAUCAAUGGUUUUGAAGCUUCUAUUGAUAAUUGCAACUGGAAUAGAUAAUAUUGAUGAUAAUCCAUUGGUAGAGCAUUUAAUGCUUCAUUCUCUGUUUGAACCUCUAAUACAGUUGCUGUGUACGUCAACUGAGAGGCAACAGCAUGGAUAUGAUGUUGUACUGCUUCUAAUGUUCUUAGUCAACUAUAAAAAGCACGAAUCUGCCAAUCCUUAUGUGGUAAAGUUAUCAAUACUAGAUGAUGAAUUGGCACUUAAUGGAUAUGGCCAGGUGAUAAGAGCGGCGUUAAAUGACUUUGUGAUGUCGACAUUUGGAGGGAUGCAAGCAAGUGGGGGUGGCUGGUUGUCAUCCCUCACAAGUAUGGUGGGAGGAAUAUUCCUCACCAGUGAUGACACACAACCACUUGUUAGAGGACAAAGGAAUAGCGGUGGUGAAGAAGGCAUGCUGCUAGCCCUUUACGAGGCGUCUCACUUAAAUCGUAACUUCAUGACGACCCUAGCUCACUCGUCGUCUGCCGCGGCUUCGUCCGCACCGCCCUCACCGCCAGCCACGCUGCCGCCACACCAGAGUCCACCAAACUUAGCUCAGAUUCAAGCUCUUGAUAAUGACCAGCCAACCAAUCUACUAGUCACAUUCUUUCAAUAUUGUUCUAUAGUAAUGGCUGAUACUCGAACAGAGGCCAGUAUUAAUAAGUGUAGUCUGUGUUUCAUCACACUCACUUGCAUUGUUGAGGAACAAUUUGCCAAUUCUAUAAUGCACGACCAAAAUCUUACUUUUAAGGUUCAAUUGUACAGACUACCAAUGCGUCAUAGGAAAAUAGUACCAGAAGAACCUCCAUCACAGCCACUAGCUUCAACUCUAAUUGACCUGCUGGUGGAGUUCACGAUGUGCCACCUGCUGAAGAAGUUCCCGGGCGAGCUGUACGAGCUGUGCGCGGGCGUGCUGCUGCGCCUGCUGAGCUACCAGAAGCGCUGUCGCGUGCGCCUGGCGCGCGACUGGCGCCCGCUGUGGGCCGCGCUCAUCGCGCUGCUGCGGUUCCUCGUGGCCAACGAGGGCGCGCUGCUGCGCCGCCACAACGUCUUCGUCAUGGCGCAGCAGGUUGUUAAUAUAUUUAAUCUAUUUAUCACAUUCGGCGACACAUUCCUACCGACGCCGGCCUCAUACGACCAGUUGUACUACGAGCUUAUAAGAAUGCAUCAAGUAUUCGACAAUCUAUUUUAUAUGGCGCUCCGCUACUCGACGGGCGACGGCGAGUUCAAGGCCGAGGCGCUGCGGCUCGCGAACUGCCUCGUCAACGUUCGCGCCAUCAUACAGCACUUCUCGCCUAAGAUAGAAACAUGGCUUACCUCGCAAAACCUCUCCACGCCCACCGAGGACCAGAUUCUGGAGGUGGUCCGCAAGAACUACGACAGUCUAAUCCUCAAGCUGCAAGAGGGACUAGAGGCAUACGAGCGAUACGGUGAACGUCCUCACCGCCCACUACUGGGGCGAUUAGUUCGCGCCGCCGCCGCCGCAGCGCGCCUGCGCAGUGACGCCGCCACGCUGCGGCACCACUCCGCCGCGCUGCUCACGCACUACACGCAUUACUCCGAGCGACCCUGAGCAUACAUACAUUCACACACACGUAUUCACGGUCACACUCACAUACUUACCCACACAGCUCGUGCGCGCCUGCUCAGUCAGACACCUCAGCGCUUCGACACCCCUCCGUAGUGCUGCUCAUGUGUGACCCUGAUAACGCACACACACAAACUUCCCCUCACACACAUUCAGACACCACUCACGCAUUCAUAAUACACACUGACACACAUAUAAACACUCACGUACAAAUAAAUACACACGCACGUGACUGAAGAGAUGCAACCAGGGGUAAUCAAUCCUCUCUUAAAGGUAAAUCAAACAAAUUACGUGACUGGAAGCACUGAUUCUGGGAAACAGUUUCAUACUUAUGGAAUAUCCAACGAACUUCAAAUUUUAGAGUAGCGUAAAGCGCUGGACAGGAUCUUCAAGCAAGCUUGUACAUAUUUAGUAACUGAGUGAAUGUAAAUAUGACUAUAAAAUAAGUCAAAAUCAAUGUCCACAAUAUAAGUCCCCUGGACGAAAACUAAGUGUCACUAUCAAAUGAAAUAAAAUUCUAUAUGUUUGAAUGUACAUAGUAAUUUGCUGUAGUAUUAACACACAAUAUGUAUACGUCCAUAACUAAAACAUGGUAUGUAAUAAAUUGAUCAUUGUCCACUGUUAGAACUUACCCUCCAGUGUAAUCUUCAAAUCCUCAAUCUUCUUCCUCAAGUGUGAUACAAUAUAAAACUGCACCUCCUUGAGACUGUUUUUCACCAGAUAAUGUAUGCCCCAACUCUACAUUGUUGCACUCAAACCCAUACUUUAUUUUAUACAAGUUACUAAGAACUAUUUGUGUUAUGAUGUUACCAUAAGUUUUUAGAUGCAUUUGAAUACUGUAUUAAACCAAAAAAUGUGUUUGUUAAAAA